AUGUCCUCACGUAAUAAGAAACGGUACCUCCAUGAGGGUUGGCUGAAUAAGUGGACAAAUUUUAUAGGUAGUUGGCGACGGAGAUAUUUUAUGCUGGACCAUGGGUGCCUGAAAUAUUCCGUUGAGAAGGACGGGUUAAUAAAGGAGUCAUUUAUAUUAUCUCAAUGUACUAUGCGUCUCUGUUCUGAUGAUCCCGUGAGACUAGAUAUAGAUGUUUUGGGUCGCGGAGUCGUUUGCCUGCGCACAGAUUCACCUGCUGAGAAGCAAAAAUGGUACGUAGCAUUUAAGAAGGCUCAGAAGAUACUAUUACAAGCAUAUCAAAAAAAGGUGCUUACACCUUCAGGUGUAUACAGUGUAGAGGGUUUACCAGGCCCUUAUGGAAAAGAGGAAACGUCACCAGCUGAGAAGGACCCCGAGAACUUUAAAUUGGUCGUACCUUAUGUAGAGGAUCCUCCAGAAGAGGGUACUGAGAAAUCAGUUGACGUUUCGGAAUUAUUUAUUAAAACCUCCUUUGGGCAAGAACCACAGACUCCAUUGAACUGUAUCCUUACAAAUACGAGCUGCUUUGAUCAAAUUACUACCAAGAUCAUCGCCGAGUUGCGGGAAGCGUUGACCGGUGAUUCUUUGAAGAAGAUAGAGACCUUGAGCCUGGUUGCCCGUGAAUAUUACUCUAGUGUUCAGCAGCUGUAUCUUGAGGAGGUGAGGUCUCGCAAGGACCUGGAGCAGUCUCUGUUCCGUGUGACUCGUCGUAACAUGAAGUUGGAGCGUCAGGAACAACGUCGAUCGUCGCUUGACUCUGAUAAUAAGGCCCGUUUGGCUGAGCUACAGAUGCACGUGAGCGAAAAGAGCCACUUGUUGACUGAGAACGAUAGCGAGAGUUCCGAUAGUGCUUAUUGUGGUCAUAUAGAUGACGAAUUUUUUGAAUGUGAGGAUAUAGCCCAGCGUACCCGAAGCAAUUCACUGGAGUUAGAAGGUCUAUCUAACCGUGAGGCCAUCGAGGAUAUGGUGUCGUUACAGAAUCUCUCGCUACCCAAGCCUGGUUGUGAAAGUAGCGUUACAGAUAAUAGUACUCCACGGCCAUCCAGUAGUCGUAGUGAGAGGGCUGAUGUAAAGAUCCAUCGGCGUGUCCGUUUACCACGUCCACGUAACGAAUUAAAGGUUAGCAUAUGGUCUAUAUUGAAAGAUCUGAUCGGUAAGGAUCUUGCUCGUAUAAGUAUGCCGAUAUGUCUAAACGAGCCUACUACCGCUUUACAACGUGACUGUGAGGUGUUUGAGUACAGCCAUUUAUUGGACACCGCAGCUAAACAAUCGGAUUCUAUUGACCGUAUGGCCUACGUCACGUUGUUUAGUAUAACACCGUAUGCGUCAGCUGUUGGCCGUACUUACAAGCCAUUUAACCCUAUGCUUGGUGAGACUUUCGAAUUGACACAUCGUGGGUUCAAUUUUAUGGCAGAACAGGUUGGCCACCAUCCCCCGAUUUGUGCCUUCCAUUGCCAUAACCAGCACUUCGAGGCGUAUGGGAGUACCAAUGCUAUGGUGAAGCUGACCGGUAAAUCUGUAGAGGUGAGCAUUAUCGGUCCUUUUAUAGUUAACCUGUUGCUUAACGGUGUGAAGGAGAACUACACCCUUCAACGUUGCUAUAUAGUUGUUCACAAUAUUAUCAUAGGUAAGAUAUGGAUCGAGACUGUGGGUACCGCGAUCAUCCGUAACGUGACCGGUGGCGAGUUUGCAGUUGUUCAGUACCUGCGUAAAGGCUGGUUUGAUAGGGAUAUCCACAAGGUACGUGCGCUUGUAUAUGAUCGUUUCGGUACGCCGCAUUACCACAUAACUGGUAAAUGGAGUGAGGUUGUUUAUAUGGAGCGUGUUCGUGCAUCUCGUCGUCAUUGUCAGACGAGGUUACUCUUUCCUGAUGGUCGUUUGGACUAUGACAAAUCAUUUUACAAGACCGAGAGUGACGCCUGGGACGCUUUUGUGAACGAGAUAGACUGGGAGAAACUUGACAUAGUUCCAGGUAGUCGUCGUGAGAUGUGGCGUCCUAACUCCCGUCCACCUCAUCAUGAGCAUUAUUAUGGUUUCGGUUACCUUGCGAUGGAGUUGAACGAGCUAUCUGCUGACUAUGACCCUAAAAAGGGUGCUUGUAUACCUCCUACGGAUUCUAGAUUCCGUCCAGACCUUCGUGCUUACGAGUCUGGUGACAUGGACCUUGCGGUUAAGGAGAAGCACCGUUUGGAGGAACUACAACGUGAAGCUGCUAAGAAACGUAUAGAUGGCGAAUCGUCAUAUCGUCCCAGAUGGUUCACUAAGCAUUUGGAUCCUGUGACUAAAGCUCCUCGGUGGAGCUUUACGGGUGAAUACUGGGAUAGGAAGGCUAGUGGUACCAUCACUGAGGGUUAUAUUAAUGUGUGUAGCGUCGUUACCAUGGUAGAUAAUAUGGUCUCUAGAUCGUUUCGUCGUCGUCUAUCUCGUCGAUUGUAUAGAUUAGCGAGCUGUCGUGAAUAUUUCCUGCACGACAGUCCGGAUGAUGACCAUUGGAUGCGCCGUAAGGUGUCCUCUGUGACCUCUAGGUUACAAUCAUCGUUGUCGAAUUUGGAGAAUGCAAUUUUAUUAAUAGUCGGCGCUCCCGGAUCCGGCAAAACUUAUCUGGUAUCAGCUGCAUUAUCGAAACUUUCUAAAUUAGUUGGUAAAGGUAUCGUGUCACCUGUGGCCUCUUUGUCACAGGCAUCAACGGAUGCAGAGAGUCAGUCUACCGGCCACCGUUGGCGCAUCCAGAGGAUAACGUUGGAGACUUAUAACCAUCGUGAUGAAUCUAAGUGUCUACGUUACCUUUUGAUGGCGCUAGAUCGCAUUUGUGGGAUCCAUCAAUCCCGUGGAGGGGUGAUGAGUGUCCAGGAUAUUCAGGAUCGUAUUGCCCAUUCUCUGCGGCUACUAUAUCAAGCGCGUAUAUAUUUGAUCCUGGUGCUUGACGGUGUGGAUGUGUUUACCAAGGGGCGCAAUGACUGUAGCGAGAGCACGGGUUCAUGUGACCGUCGUCAAGGUCUACUAUAUUUUCUUGGUAACUUAAUCGCAUCUAGCGAUUUAUGUAUGACACUAAUAUGUAUAACCCCGGAUAUAAGGAUAACAGAACGACUGGAGAAACGUGUGAGAUCAAGGUUUAUGCAUGAAACUGUGUACUCUAAUGGCUCAGAAGAUAUGGCCAUUAUCAUGAACCCAGAUAACCGGUCACUAUUGGGUCAUGAUGUGGAUAUAACUUUUAAUGACGAAUCUAAGGCGAUACUAGGCGAGGCCUUGGUAUGUGGUAGUAGCAUUACCAGUCUCGUUGGUUCUGCAUGUGUUCACUUGCCGGACGAUGCCAUUACGGAGUUGGACAACGGGCGAGUGGGUAUAUCGUCUGAAGCCUUUUCUAGCGCUUUACGUGAUACAAAAGGUUCAAAUUGGCCUGAACGUCUAAUUAAACAGCUGGGAUUAGCAGAACAUUACAUCCUAGUGGCAACCACACGGUUACACUGCCAGGGUGUAGUACCGGUGACCAUGAUCGACAUAGAGCAUGAUUUACAGGAACUUAAGCAAUAUUUUCCAAUGGAACGUCUAGCUAUUCCGCAUUUUCAAGGACUACAACGUAUAUUCAUUCGCUUGAUCCAUCAGGGUGUACUAGAAUGGGUUAAUUUUGAACAUAACUGGGUAGGAUGUUCAGAACCCAAGUCAUUGACUCGUGACCUUCAUGGAAACAAUGCUCCUUGCAGGUUUCCUCAAUAUCGCUUGUACCUCAAGAUGGAUCAUGGUGACUCUCUGCCAACGCAUUUAACAGCAUGGUUACAGCUCGCUGCACGUACUCUUAAAUGA